AUGAAAUCGCUAAUAAUCAAGUCAGAAGAUCAGGGAAAAGUCGUCGCCGUCUGUCUUCUAUGUACACUUUUGACGAUAAUGCCAGUUGGGUCAGGAAUUUUUUCGAAAAAUCUCUAAAGAAAAAGUGACUUCAGUUAUCACAUUGUCGUGCUCAACGUCCCUUCGACAGUCAUUCAGAAUUUCUACGCUGAAGCCUUCAGAGAAGGCCUCGGGGUUGAACUGAGCGCACGUGCACUGAGUAUUCUUUGGUUCACUUUCUAUUCUUCUAACAAGAAAUCUUAGGUUUUUAUGUGUCCCUAGGGAAGAAAAAGAUCUUUUUUCCAGCUCCAUAAUUUUUGAUCUAGUACUACUUAUUCCGAAUUGACUUUAUAGGGAUCCUCGAAUUUCUUUUUAAAAAUGCCUUGUCUUGUGAUAUUUGAGUCCUUUGAACUUUCCUAAUUUGUUUCAGUUCCUUUAGUUCCUGGAAGGAGUAGAUCCUUAAAUUUUGGAAGUUUCUGUAAAUUUCAAUUAUAUUUUUCAAUGAUUUACUGUAAAUUUUGGGCUCCUCAGUUUUGCAAUUUAAUAUUACUUUGCCUAACAAGGAAAUUAUAGUUUUUUGGAGCAGUCUGACAUGUCUGCGCUCUCUUUUCCCUUGCCGGCGAGGUCAUAGAAACGUGUUAACAGCUUAUAAGACAGAGAUAGCGCAGAGAAAUCAGACUUACUCUCGGGCCUGUAGGAAUUUUCAAAAUUUUUAAUUCUAUGAGGAUUUUAAGUCGAUAUGAACAUUCAUGGCCUUUUUAAAGUUUUUGCACGCUUUACUUAAUUUAUUUAUAGUCAAUGUUUCCCGACUUGAAAGGCGAGGGAGGCGGGGCAGGGGGCGGAACGCGUAGCGUGUGCGUUCGCGGUUCUUGGCACGAGUUCAAUUCAACCGCCAUCGACUCUUUGAAAAUUUCGUUUUUCACUCUUUUCAUUCCUUUUUUCAAUUAUUCAUUGAUUAUGUUUAUGUGUUCAUUAACAAAUAGUAGAAAACAUUGAAAAAGAGCGGUUGCCGAGCUUUUUAAAUAGUCGGCGGCAAUUGAAUUGGAUUCGUGCCAAAAACCGCGAUCGCACACGCUACGCGUCCCGCCCCUUGCUCCGCCUCCCUCGCCUUUCAAGUCGGGAAACAUUGACUAUAUCUUUUUUGAACUUUCGAAAUUUAUUUUUCACAUCUGGUUGAUUGGCUACGAAUUUUGAUGAGAAUUCUCGAAAUUGUAGAAAUUUUCGGAGAAUGGUUACUGGCCGCAUUUUUGAGAAGAAGCUUCAUUAGUAAAUGUAAAAAAAAAUUGAAAAAUUCAUUCACAGAUCAGUGUGAACCCUUACGAGUUCACUUGGAUCUAAAGCUUAACUAGAAACAAUAAAAUUUUGGACCUAAAGAAAUUUUGAUUAUUUUUUGAAUUGAAUUUUUUCCAGGUCCCUUACUAUAGCCUCCCAAGCGAUCGGAGCAUUGAUCGGCUGCAGCCUGGUCUCAUCUUUAGCCCCCAUGGGCUCAAAAGUCGUCAUCCUGACCGUCAACAACUGUAUCCUCGCUGCAGGAUCCAUUCUGAUGGCGACAUCCUAUUAUUUCUCCUUCCCUCCGAUUUUCCUCAUAGGACGGAUGAUGACAGGCGUCUACUCAGGCAUCGCCUGCGCCUUUGUUCCCCUUUUCGUCCAGCAAAUCGUCCCGAAAAAUAUCAAGGUAUUGGUAAUGAGAAAAUAGAAGGAAAUGGCGAGUUUUGAAGGGCUCCCUCAGUUGCUUCCUCCACAUUGCCGUGUGUUUCGGGUCCUCCUUGGGUGCCGUCCUUUCUCUGCCGUUUGUUCUUGGUUCAGCGACUUCUUGGCCGAUUUUGGUCUCGUUACCCGCCAUUUUUGGUGGGUUUUGGAGGAAUUGAGGUUCUAGGAAAGUUUAAUGGUUAUUUCUAUCCCAUUGUGUUAAGUGGGGAACAUCUUCUACGUGAAAUCGAACCGUAGUGAACCGUAGUUUUCCAUAUUUCGACGCCUUUUUCACAGUCUUUUGUAAAAAAAAAGCAAAAAAUGAGCAUAGGAACAGGAGAAAGAUCAGAUUUUAUCACAAAAAUCCGCAUUUUUAGGGAUAAUCGUUAGUUUUAGAAAAAAUUAACUUGAUGAAAUUAACAGGAAAUAGAAAUAAAAUCAGAGACAUAUAUUCAUUUUUACUCACGUUUAUCUUUUUGCAAAAGUUUAUAGUCUGUUCGGAUUUUGAAUGUCAAAUCGUCGCUCAAGCUCCGCCCUUAAUGGUGCAAUAAACCAAUCAGAGAGCGAGCCAUCCACAGAGUGUUUUUCAAUGACGUCAUUGCACUUGACAUUAAAAAUCUGAACAGACUAUAUACUCAGUUUUUUCGCGACUUGAAACGGCUCUUUUUCUAUGCGCCCUCCUUGUCUCUCGGUGACCCUCUCAUUUUGCCGUGCUCUAUUCCUGUUUCUCUGACCUGGCCGGCGAGGGAACAGAGAGACACAGACGCUUAAAAAAGUCAAGUCGCGCGGAACGGGCUAUGGUUUUUUUUUGAAAAAACUUCUCUGAACAAUAUUAAUUUUUCACUUUUUCGUUCUGAAAAUAUUCAGGAAUCGUUCUCAUGUUCGCCUCCUCUUAUAUUCCUGACACACCGAACACCCUGCUACAACAGGGAAAAUACACGAAAGCUAUCGAGAGUAUACGGUAUCUUCUGAUUAUUUUCUAUUGAAGAUUGGUAGAAUCCAGGUUUUAUUACGACAUUGCCUGUGACGACGAAGACGAGGCCAUCGGCAUGUAUUGGGACAUGGUUCCGGAGGUCUGAAACUCAAAAAUCUAGUUCCUUUCGUUGGCUUGAAAUGGUGGAGAUGCUAGUAGAAACGGUGGUUUUUGAAAAUUCUCCGCUUUACGGAAUAUUUUCACGUUUUCUGAUAGUAAAUUAGGAGAACGAUAAUUUUUGGAUCAGUGCCUAGUCUGAAAUAAACUACAUACCAAAACUCUCAUUUCCAAGAGGUCAACCGGAGGAUAAACCUUUGCUUUUUCUCAAAACUUUCGUAAAUCCACCUUUCCUCCCGGACUUAUCGAGUUCUGAGGCCAUUUUCAGAAGCGUUUACGCAGCGUAAAUGAGUUUAAGGUAAACUUCAAAUUUUUACACGGGUUGGAAGUGUGGAACGGAUACUCUAGGUUUGAAAAUUGAAAAAUAGAGUUCCCUUUUCUCGGUAUAAAAAGGCGGGGGCACAAGUAGAUUUCCCAAAAACUUCUCCGCUUUACUGGUUGUUUUCAAGUUUCCUAAUAGUAAAAUCGAGUAACGAUAAUUUUUGGAUCAGUGCCAAAUCUGAUGUAAACUACCGACCAAAACUCUCAUUUCUAAGCAUUCAAUCUCUCCUGUCUUCUUCUCAAAAUCCACCAUUCCCCCUAGACUUAUCGAGUUCUGAGGUCAUAUCCAGGAACAUUUACGCAGCAUAAAUGAGUUCGAAAAAGGUAAACUUCAAAUUUUUAAACGCUUUGGAAGUGUUGAACAGAACAACGAAUAGUAAUACUUUCCAAAAUUCGUUUACGCGAUCGCUUUUACGCUGCGUAAAGCCCAUAACCUCUGUACUUGCCCAUGCAUGCUCAUAAGUUAAGAUGCCGACCCAAUUGACGUUCUGGGAAGCCUGGCGGGACGGCGCCGUCCGUGGAGGAAUGCUCCUCGGAAUGAUGGUCAGCGCGGCGCAGAUCUUCUCCGGCAGCAUGGUCAGCAUCUCCUACUCGACCGUGUUUGCUCCUCAGACAAGACCUCAACCAGUCAAGCUUUCAGGAUGUUCGACGCCGUCGCCUUCAUGGAUUUCCUCGUUCCUUUCUUACCCGCCCUCGGGUCGAUCCUCUCGAUCGUUCUGACCAUUCCAGCGCUUCAUAUGGUUUAUAUUAUUCCCAAAAAAGAUGUCAGAAUAAUUUCCGAAUAUCUUUGCUGAAGUUUCCCACGGUUCUCAUCACAUUAUCGAUUUUUUUGAAUCAGAAACCGGAAGAAACCGUAAAAUUCCAUAUUGACAAUGGCUUGGCUAUUCAAUCUAGAUCAUUUCAAGCAAACGUCACAUUUUUUCUCUAACUCCGGGGCGAAUUUUGCUUCGAGACCCAUUGGUGCGCCCUAAUUUUUCUCUGCCGCAUGCUGUUUCUCCGUUUUCUCGCGGUCAGAGAGAAGAGAAAUAUCACGCGGCAGAGAAACGUUAGAGCGCCUUAUGUGGCACUAGUUCAGCGCACCUUUUCUACCUCUUUCUGAAGCGUCUUGUAGCGAAAAUGCAGAAAAAGGUGUUUACGGUAGACUUUGUUCUUCUGUGUGUCUUAGUUUGCUUGAUUUCGAAGUCGCACUAAAAAUAGCUCAAGUCGGUGCGGACCUAAGAUUAUCCAAAAUUAGCAGCUGGCUUGGAACUCUGCGCGAAAGUCGUUUUGGGUCGGGCGCAACGAGUCUAGCCAAUCCAUUCUUCAAAAGUUAAGAUAACCGAAGUAGAUCCAUGACUUUUUUCAGGUUGAAUCUAAAGGCCGACGUCCACUCUUGCUCAAAACGUUGAUACUUUGUGUGAUUUCGAAUAUUUUUUUCUUGAUCUUCACACUUGUCUCACAAGUUUCAGGUAUUUUUCCAGAUUUUACCAAAAAACAAGAAAGUUUUAGAAAGUUUGUGGGCCUCCUGGGGGUUCGCCCUGGCUUUCCUGAUGUACGGAGUCGGGUACAACUUGGGAGUUGGGCCAGUCGCUUAUUUCCUACCUGCCGAGCUGGUCCCACCUGAAGCCGCUUCCGCUAGUUUGGGUACAAGAAAAAAAGAGAAAAAUGGAAAAAAAAAUUAUUUUUUUAGGAGCCGCUGUAGCUGUGAAUUGGUUCUGUACAUCAUUAACAACCUUAUUUUUCUAUCCCCUAAGUGUUUCGAUAGGUGGCUGGAGCUAUAUUAUCUUCAUUGUUCCAACGUUUGCAGAUUUUCCCUUUAUUUGAAGACAAAUUGGGUUGUUUCAGAUCAUUAUUCCUCUUGAUUUUGUGGCCCUUGCUGCCAGAGACCAAAUUUCAUUACAAGGUUGGUUCAUUUAGCUUGGAAAAAAGAGAGAAAUUGGAGCUGGAAGGGAGGGAUCAACGGCGGAGUGAAGAGACGCCAGAGAAGUGUAUGACCCUUUUUUCUCUGGCGUCUCUUCAGGCUGAACUUAUUUUUGGGUGUUUUUUGGGCCUCCUGUGGCCCUUGCUGCCAGAGACCAAGUUUCAUUACAAGGAUAGCCAUUUUCGCUCUGAACUUUGAAUAGAAAAGAGAAAGUAGAAAGGAAAGCGAGAGAUCAACGGCGCAGUGAAGAGACGCCAGAGAAGUUUAUGACUUUUCUUUCUCUGACGUCUCUUCAGCCUGAAGUUGGUUUUGGGUCUUUCUCACCAAUUUUUUUCGAGAUGAUUUUUUGAUGCAACCAAAUUUUUCUUGUUGAUUCGAAGAAAAACCAUGAAAAGCUUAAAAAAAAUGAUGAAAGGUCCCAAAAGAUAUUUAAAGUCCGAAAAUCGAUUCCUAAUCGAUUUAUUGACUUAUUCAUAAGUUCUUAAUCGAGAGAAAUCGAAUUAACAAAACGAAUUUUGAGAGCUGGAAGUAUGCUUCGGUAGUGAUCCUCCUUGUUGAGAAGAAAAAUUUUUUUUGUUAUAGCCGAUCCACGGCUGGAUUGAGCUAUCGAAAAAUAGGUCCUGACACGAUGAAAAAGGAAAUAGUGCCUGGUUGAUAGAGAGCGCAGACAGGCCACGCCUUUUUUCGUCCCAAGCUAACCGUGAAUCCCAGAGCGUCCAAAAAAAUCAAAACGAGGCGGGAAACCGUUUCCCGUGUGGUUUGUACUCACGAAAGACUCUCCCUCAAACUCAAACACAAACUUUUGAAACGACUGCACCUGAUAAGAACCUUUCAGGAAGACCCCUUGGAAGCUCGUCUUCUGUACGAUUUGGGCCCUACUCUCCCGCCGUACGGAAGCUUGAACACCUCAUUAUUUUAG